UUGUUUGUUAGCCAACAUUAGCCUGCUACCAGCAAUGACACAUAAAGGAGGGGCGAGCAGUUGAGCAGUUUUUUUGCAAAAAUAUUUAAUUGGAAACGCGUUAACAUAUCUGUUAAAGUGAUUUUAGACGAUCUCAAGUAAAUAAGCAGCGGAUGGCCCUCAUGGUAAUUGUUGUUGGACCUGCUAUUGCAAGAGGGACACUAAACUGAACUUAUGAGUAAUGAACUCAAAUCCUUUCUGGAGUAUGUCUACCAGCACAAGUCGUAAGAGAUCUGACGAGGAGCAGAGUGGGCACGGGGAGCAGAGAGCCAGCCCAGCCCGGCUUCCCUUUGGCAAAAAGCAGCUUCCACCCAUUCCUAAGAAUGCAGCCCCCAUUACUAAACCUGCAUCAAUGGGCACUCCAGCUCAGUCAGCUAAUGGCACACACGCCUCUUAUGGUCCUUUUUACUUGGAGUACUCACUGUUGGCUGAGUUCACACUAGUGAUUAAGCAGAAACUCCCUGGAAUUUAUGUCCAGCCAUCCUACAAGUCAGCAUUAAUGUGGUUUGGAGUCAUAUUCAUCAGGCAUGGCUUGUACCAGGAUGGUGUCUUUAAAUUCACUGUGUAUAUCCCAGACAACUAUCCUGAUGGAGAGUGCCCGAAAUUGGUUUUUGACAACCCAGUCUUCCAUCCGCUUGUUGACCCCGUGUCUGGAGAACUUGAUGUCAGAAGAGCUUUCACCAAAUGGAGACGAAAUCACAACCACAUCUGGCAAGUCCUGAUGUACGCGCGCACCGUUUUUUACAAGAUAAACACCACGGAGCCACUCAACCCAGAGGCCGCUGUGCUGUAUGAGAAAGACGUGCAGUUGUUCAAAAGCAAAGUGGUGGAUAGUGUGAAACUAUGCAACAGUCACCUUUUUGACCAGCCCAAGAUAGAUGAUCCCUAUGCGAUAAGCUUUUCUCCGUGGAACCCAGCAGUACACGAAGAAGCAAAAGAGAGGAUGUUUACAUACAAACGACGGCCUGAGGAACACCACAAGGGAACGCAGGUGUCCGGGUUAUCUUGGGUGAAGCCUGGCUCGACUCAACCCUUUAGCAAAGAGGACAAUCCUCCCCAAAGCUGAACCUGCUCUUUUUCUGCAGUGGCCACUAGAGGGAAACAUAAGGAUUGAAUGACACAACACUGGCUUGCCUCAGCCACUUAAGUGAAGUGGUUCCCUAAAACAGUUGGAGGGGGGACCUCCUUUUUUAUUACACUUUAUCACUCAGCUUUAAAAGCUUUUUAGGAGUCUUCUGACAGGUUUAGACAAUGGAAAGCUAGUUUGUAUCGUAUGUAAAUCGACAAGGACAAAUGGAUUUCUCAGCUACUUCAUUUAGACUUCAAUGCAAUCGGAGUGUAUUCUCAUUUUAAUUUCCGGGUUUCCAUUUUCAUUUAUUUAGAUGAUACUGUUAAGUCCCAAAAGGAUGUAAAAUGUACAAGCGGAGAACUCGGCCUUCAUUCAGCAGGUACAGUGGACUGCAUGAUCAAUAUCACUUGUUGAAAUUGAUUUAGGUCGGUUUAUGUCAGACUAGGAAUGUUUUCAGUUACAGCUGUGUGAAUGAAACAUCACCAAACCCGCCCUCUCUGAAUACCCACUUAAGUUAACAUGUUUUAUAUUUCUUACUGGAGAAUGAUUUAUCUCUACUGUGUAAACUAUUUGACAAAGUUCCUUUUAAAUAAGAUGAUAUAUAAGUAAACUUAUAUUUUAUUUUGAUUUUAAAUAAUUUUGGAUGCUUUAUGUACUUUUUUUUUUAGUGGUUAAUAAAGGUGUGUAAAUAAUGCCGUGCUAAGGUUUGACUGUAAGUGAUGCAUCUCCAUUGAUGCUUGGAAUUUUUUUUUUUUUUUUUGCUAUCUGAAUGUCUUUUUUUUUUCUCUCUCUCUUUAUAUCCCCCCUUCCCUUGUCAGUUCUGCUCCCAAGUCAGAGGUUACUCUAGGAUUUCUACCCUGAACCUUGGGGAAAAUGUAUUUUCAUACAGGUUGUUAUUCACUGCUACCUAAGCAGCACAAAAAGAUGGUAAUAGAAUUUAUUUAAGAUAAUAGUUUUAAGGUUUUAUUCAAAUGUCGGUGAGCAUUCAAUUUCUUCAUCUGAAGAGGAGAUUUGGUUUGAUUGUCAACUGGCUCAAUCACUUCCAAUAUGCAACUUUUGACUGCGCAAAUUUUUGUGGGAGUCUCAUGAGGAUUAACCACGUUAGAAUAGCGUAGAUGGUGCUGAAACCUGAUAGAUCUACUUAUAGCUGCUGUGAAAGGUUUACACCAUCUGGGCUGUCGGCAUCUAAAAAUGUGUAAUACUUUUUUGGAUGGAACCAUCUCUUUACUUCAUAGAUGAUGUGACAAUGAAAUGCUUUACUUGGAAACCAAUAAAAUGAUUGUAAAAA